UUACACGGACCUGCACGGCGGUCGGGAGUAGCACGGAGACCAGCGCGCUUGGUGGCAUGUUGGAUCUGUUUGAAUUGAACCUGAAGCGUGACGCCUGCGCAUAUGUUUAAUUGUUUCACAAUGUGUUUAAAAGAUGCCGCACCUGUUUGCGAAUGUUGCAGAAAACGGGUAGAGGACUGCUUGCCUUGCUGUUGUUAGUGUUGGACUGGACCCAGCCAGGCUUACCAUCCCCACUGAGGCCAAUUUGUGACCUGAGGGUCCUGAACCAUUUCAUACAGGAGGCACGAGACGCAGAAGUUGCUAUGAAGUCAUGUAGAGAAGGAUGUGGCCUGUCACAGUCUGUCACUGUCCCCCAAACUACAGUGGAUUUUGACGUGUGGGAGAAGAAAAAUGCACUGGAGCAAGCCCAGGAGGUGCAGACUGGCUUAUGGCUGUUAGAACAGGCCCUCAGCUCGCUACAGACGUCAGUCACCGACACAGCAAUGCACAGUCAUGUAGACAACAGCGUCAGGAACCUGCUCAGCAUCAACGCUGUGCUGCGUAGCCUCAACAUCCAGGAAUUUACCCCCCCGGCAAAUGCAACAGGCCUCGAGGGAACAUGGAGGGUGUCCUCAGCGACAGAUCUGCUUCAGGUCCACGUCAAUUUCCUGCGAGGCAAAGUGCACCUCCUUCUUUCGGAUGCGCAGGCUUGCCAGCCAGAUGUCAGCUGAUCAACCAGAUCGCCCUACACUGGGCGAAGCUAAUUUGUGUUUCCAAAGGCAAGAGGAGAAAUGUGACACUGGUUAACCUGCACGCUGCUGGAAGCGGUGUGGAAUGAUUAAGACACAGUAGUCCUCACAUACAGAGGAAGAGCUGAAAGGAAAGGACUGUCUCACUAACGCUUUGGAUGGACAGGAGAUGAACGCACCUUGGAAAGUAGAUGUGACUCGUGGACAUGGUGACAAAGACCAAAGUGAUGCUUUUGGGAAGCACUGCUCUGAUAGCUGUUUUACUGGCACUCUCUUGCACUUUGUGUGUGAAUGUACUUUAGUGUGGAUGAGUUAAGACUGACUGUUUCAAUGUGCAUGUAAGUCUGUUUGUGUCUGUUUUCAGUGAGUUUGAUCCUUACACUCAUCUCUAUAGAGGGAAACACCCAGUAAAUACUGAUUACACCUGGGCAUCAAUUUUCAGUAGUAGAGGCAGAAACUGAUGAGGCCUCACUCUCAUGCUUUUAAUGUUUUUCAACUCUGCCUCACAGAAACAGUCUCUGAUUUUAUUUUUUUUUCUUUUUCAGAUGUUUUAAAAUUUUAAUGUAUUUUUGAGUUUAAUUACUAUUUAUACAGAUUUUUCUACUUUAAGCUCCAUCUUUGGCAAUAGUGUCAGGUCUAACAUGGUAGUUGGGCUCUUUAUGUUUUCUUGUGUAACACUGAACACAUUUGCAAAGGUGUUGGCUCACAUCAUUUGCAAUGGCAUGCUGCUCUUUCAUUUUUUUAAAUUUUAUGAUGAUUGUAUGUACCUGACUGGCUGUUUGACACUGCAUGUUCUUUCCAAACAACAAAGGCUUACAAAGCUGAUGCUCGGGUCCAGUGAGUUUGGGAGAGAAAGGUCAGUGAGGGGAGUUACAUGAGAACUGUGAAGCUGCUUCGUCACUCUGUGUUGUUGUUUAUUGCCUGACCUACACUCAACCAGUCUCUACACACUGAUAGCCAGACUGGAAAAAUUUACAAUUUACAUCCUGUGGGGCUGUAAUUGCAAAUAGUUUUCCAGAAGCUGGCGCUACACCGUCUUCUCCCUCCCUCCAUUGUUCGUCAUCAAACCUCAGCCGGGCAAUCAGUGAGCCCUGGGAACUAGAGGCUUUCUGGAAAAUGGAUGCUCAACUGUUUCAGAUUAGUUAAGUGUUCUUCCUUGUUUUUUCCCUUAUUUUUAUAUCUUGUCGUGCAAGUGCAAGAUGUUUUUGAGGAUGUUUGUAUGUUUUCUUUCCUGUUUUUUGUGGUGUUUUUGUCCCAUCACUGUAUGAUUCCCUAUUUAAAUACGAAAUGUUGUUCUCGGAUAAAGAGGAUGGAUGGAAACACAACAUGGGGAAGUCUGUGCAUCGCAGUCAUUAUUUUUGUAUUUUUUUUUCCUUUGAGUGGCGUAAACAAGUAAGCAUGUGCUGUUUAGAUGCCGAGUACAAGCUGCCGUAGCAGAGCCUACUGGUUUUACACACAUCAAGUUUUCCAGUCACGGAUGUAGAGACGAUGGUUAAAGA